AUGCUCCGGGAGGUCAGUCUUACAAAUGCAACCUUUAACUCACAGUUGAUCUCAAUAGGCGCUCUAGGACUAAUAUCAAGGCUUAAUAUCGGCGCACUUGAACUGGGAGACUAUCUUGCACUUGGGGCAAUAUUCUCGGCCACAGACUCAAUUUGCACCUUGCAGGUGUUAAGCCAAGAUAAGACACCAUUCUUGUACAACCACGUGUUUGGUGAAGGUGUUGUCAAUGACGCAACUUCUGUUGUGUUGUUCAAUGCAAUCCAGAACUUUGAUCCUAGAAAUAUCAGCGGUGCCAAAUUACUGAACUUCAUUGGCAGUUUCCUUUAUCUGUUCGGCUCCAGCACCAUUCUUGGAGUAGCUUCUGGACUUCUUAGUGCUUAUACCAUUAAGAAGUUGUACUUUGGCAGGCAUUCAACCGAUCGUGAAGUUUCCAUUAUGAUGCUAAUGGCUUAUUUAUCUUGCAUGCUAGCUGAAUUGCUCGAUUUUAGUGGCAUUCUCACUGUGUUUUUCUGCGGUAUCGUAAUGUCACACUAUACUUGGCACAAUGUAACAGAAAGUUCGAGGGUCACAACCAAGCAUGCCUUUGCAACAUUGUCGUUUAUCUCCGAGAUUUUUCUGUUUCUUUAUGUUGGUAUGGAUGCAUUGGAUAUAGAGAAGUGGAAGAUUGUCGAUCAAACUUAUAGGCAUACUGUCUCCCUCUUUCUCUCUCUUCAUUGCUCAACUAGAAGAUCUUUCUUCUGAAUCUGUAUUUUCUAUCAUGUGCAGCCCGGUAAAGUCUAUCGCUUUGAGCAGCACCAUUUUAGCCUUGGUGCUGGUUUCAAGAGCUGCUUUUGUUUUCCCACUAUCCUUUCUACCAAAUUUGACCAAAAAAACUCCAAAUG